UGUCUAUGGACUCUUGUGAUCACAAGACUUCUUCGUUUUGAGUUUUCUGUCAAGGCAGUAAUUGGAGAAAAAAAGGCCGUCCCUUUUGGGAUCUUCUGGUUCAGCAGCUCCAAUUGACUCAAAAUCAUCCAAGAUGAGGUACUUCUUAACGUAUUUGCUGGUGCUCCUUGUAGCAAUUGUCAUACCGAUAUUUUCAAUGUACUAUGUCCUGAAUGGAAAAGGUGAGCAAAUAAGUGUCGGAUGGUUCCUGGAAAACACUUCCCCAUACAUGUGGGGUACGUUGGGAAUAGCUUUUGCAGUAGCUUUCUCCGUGGUGGGCGCGGCUAUGGGCAUCCAUACGACGGGAGUGAGCAUAGUCGGAGGAGGUGUCAAAGCUCCGCGUAUCAAGACGAAGAAUUUGAUCUCCGUCAUCUUUUGUGAAGCCGUGGCAAUUUACGGUUUAAUUACUGCGAUCGUGCUGUCAGGAAUGCUCGAGAAGUACACGGAACCCUUGACUGACAUAGCCAUCAAGCAGCAAAACUGGAUGGCUGGAUAUGUGAUGUUCGGCGCCGGGUUGGCCGUGGGUCUGGUGAACUUGUUCUGCGGUAUCGCUGUGGGCAUUGUAGGAUCAGGAGCCGCCCUCUCGGAUGCUGCCAACGCAGCUCUUUUUGUUAAGAUCCUGAUUGUAGAAAUCUUUGGAUCAGCUAUUGGUCUUUUCGGCCUCAUCGUCGGCAUCUACAUGACGUCAAAGGUUAAAAUGGGUAACCAGUAAUUCAAGAUAAUACUUGAAAUUAAGUUGUACAGCACUGGACCAUCCUGCCUUGACCUUCAAUCUUAAAUCUGUGACAGCCAGUGCUCAGCGCAAAUACAUCAAUCACAUGUGUGAAGUUUUCUAUGUUAAGUGUUGGACUCGUGUACUUCUUAAUCAAAAUAUAUUUUGUUGAUGUUAUUUAUAAAUUUAAAUGAGAUUUGUUUCUAUAAUUGAAAGGCAACUGUUUUAAUAAUAAUCUGAUCUUAGCACCAUUUUUCUCUAUUCAAUUAUAUUUCUUUUUGGUUAUUUAUUAGUUAAUACUGUAUUUGUUUCAUAAGUCUUAUAUUUUUUAAGCUUAUUUCGAACUCAAGUGAAUUAGUUACAUUGGUUCAAUAAGAUGAAGAAAAACUGUAAGAAAUUAUUUUCAUUAAUUUUUAUUACCGGAUUAGAGAUAAAUAUUUUGAAAGAUACUUUUAGUUUUAUUCUUCGAUUAAUUUAAUAUUGUGCUAAGAUGUCAGAUAGUCUAUUGAACAGGUCUGGAUUGUAUUGGAGUGUUCUAGAAUACAUAUAAACAAUAGUUUGUGUUGUUAUCCAUUUUACAGUGUCCUGAUUUGGAAGUGACUAGAUACUAAUUGCAUGACAUCUAUGUAUUUAUUAUAUAUCUAUACAUAAACUCGUAUAGUAUUAACAUCAACAUUUCAUUAUAACACUGCUAAAUAGAAAGGUGCUCAAAAUAGUUUAAAACUAUGCAAUGUAGUAUCUAGUCAUAUUUUAUAAGGCUUAAACAUUCCAUGAAAUCAUAAAACUAAUGAAAGCUUUGAUUGGUUCAACAGAUGUAAAUAGUUAACACUAUAGUACUAUAUUUUUCCAACUAGACACAAGAACUUAACUAUUGUUAUUGAUAUCCCAAUCUGUCAGUUAUAUAGUUUAGCUUACACAUGUUUUAAGAUGCUUACAAAUAACCUAGCCGUUUAUGUAUUGAAAUUUAUAAGGAACGCAUGUCAUAGUUUAGGAAAUUUUAAUGGAGAUUUUAUUCCUUAGCCAAAUAACAACCAGGUUUUCGAUUUAAGAGACAAAUUAAACAUCAAUUUGUGUAUUACUGAAAAUAAACGAAUGCGAACUACUUUUUAGAUUUCGAAGUUAAAACAUUGGAAUGUCGUACGAAAUAUUAAAUGUUUCCAAUUGUAAAUAUUAGUUUGCUUCCUUGCACUAUUAUAAAUCUUACUAAUUUAUUGUAAAAUAUAUUAUUAUUAUCCAUUUUAUGAUGGGGCAAUGAUGAAAGCCAUAUGGUUAUGGAAUACAUUGUCGUCGUUAGGCACAAAUUGAGUGCAAACAUAUUGCAAGAACAAGAGAUAAGUAUUAUAAGAGCAUUAUGAGUACUGUUUAUUGAUGCGAUAAUAAUAUAUUUGUGCAAAUGUAGAUAUUAUGUAUGUUGAAUAAAUAGAUAAAAUUUGAA